AUGAAGAAUCUCCUGGAGAAGAACAAGAAUUCAGCAUCCAAAAGACCUUGCGAAGAAACCAUCUUGGAGUUGAAAAGAAUACCAGCAGACGACGACGACCAAUCUCAUCGUCGUAGACAACUUGGUUCUUAUGAUGAGGAUGAUCAGCUGAGCUCCUCUGAGGUGAGUAAAAGGGUUGUUUUGUCUGACCCUGUUGAGGUCGAUGACCUUGGAGACGUAGGCAAUGAAAUAAAUAACUUUUCUAGGGUUGACGCAGUCGAAACCCAAGGUGUUAGUGCUAUGGCUCCCUUGCUCCUUCUUGUAUCAGCCAUGAAGCCUAUAAGAUCUUGGAAGAGACGAGCAAAAAAAAAUGUAGUUGGGACCUUGGGUACGACUGGGGAGUAUAUGGUCACUCUGGGCACCUCAAAACCUAGCAGAGUUACCCUUAUUUUGCUUGGUGAAUUCUCUGCCAAGUUCGACUUCCCCAGGAACAUGCACAUUUGCUAUCCCAAUGUGGACAAUCGGUAUGACAUCGUGGUUCCUAGGAAGACCUGCUUCUUUUUUGUUGCCUUUGAGAACGGCCUUAAG